ACUGGGAUAACUGGGAUGUGAAAUGUGUUGUCUGCUGCUGAUUCAAAACCACUCCUUUGGAGCGUCCCUCUAUUUUACUUUCCUGAUGUCUCUCUGUUUCUCUCUGUUUCCAUCUCAGUGGUCUCUCUCUUGAUGCUUCUCAUCUUUCUACACCUUUACUUGGUUCUCCCUUCACCUGGAAUAGUCUUCAUCUGGGACAGAAUUUUCACUGAGGAAUCCCUGUUCUGUUGUUCAGCUGUGGGGGGCAGAAAUAUGUUGCUCUGGUGGUUCCUGGGUCUGGCGGGCUCCAUCGUGCACUGCAGAGGCCAGGUGAGCAAGUGUGAUGACUUCACUGACCUUGACUUCCGUGAGACGUUCAUGGGGACAAACCUGAAUGUGAAGCUGCUGCUGUUCACAAGAGCCAACCUGGACUGUGGGCGGGAACUCUCGCACCUGAAACUGAUGGACCAGCCCCUGUUCCAGCUGACCCGGCCCACUGCUUUUGUCAUCCAUGGGUACCAACCCACAGGCGCGCCGCCAGUUUGGGUGGGCCACAUUGUGCGUCUGCUGGCCGCACAGGAGGACAUGAACAUCUUAGUGGUGGACUGGAACCGUGGGGCCGCCAACCUCAACUACUACUCUGCUGUGGCAAACACACGUAAAGCAGCCGAGAACAUCACUGCAUUCAUCCAGAACAUUCAGGAGAACGGAGCGCUACUAAGCUCUGUCCACCUGAUUGGGGUCAGCCUGGGGGCUCAUGUCGCUGGGUUUGUUGGGGCCAUGCUGAAGGGGAAGAUUGGGAGGAUCACAGCACUGGACCCUGCCGGACCUCUGUUCUCUGGGACCCCACCAGAGGAGCGCCUGGACCCCACUGACGCCCAAUUUGUGGAUGUCCUACAUACUGACACUGAUGCUCUUGGCUACAGAGGACCCCUCGGUCACAUUGACUUCUAUGCCAAUGGUGGGGCUGACCAGCCUGGCUGCCCCAAAACCAUCUUUUCAGGGAAGUCAUACUUUGUGUGUGACCACCAGCGGUCAGUGUUCCUAUACCUCUGCUCCCUCAACAAGACCUGCAACAUCACAGCCUAUCCCUGUUCCUCCUACCAUGACUUCCUAGAUGGGCGUUGCCUGCAGUGCGAGUCCUUCAAGCCAGCUUCUUGCCCGAUUGUAGGUUACCAUGCCAGCAAAUGGAAGGACUCUCUCCUCCGUCUGGGUCAGACGAAGGUGUACUUCUCAACCACUGCCGUGUCUCCAUACUGCAAGACAAACUACAAGGUGGACAUUGUGACGUGGAACCAAUACACACGCUGGGGCAUUGUCGUCAUCAAGCUGCACAGUGGCAGGAGGGUGGUGGAGGCCAGGAUCGAUCAUAAACUUUCGAAGUUUGAGCAAUACACAGCGACCCGUUUACUGGCCCAGUUUGACGAAGACCUGAAUCCGGUCCAGAAGAUCACGCUUUGCUUCCUAACAGGGAAUAUGAUUGGGCCUCGCUACAAAAUGCGGCUACUGCGCAUCCGACUUACACCCCUGGAGAAGCCUGAUAGGCCACAGCUGUGUCGCUAUGACAUGAUACUGGAGGAGAACAUGGAGGUGUCCUUCAGACCCAUGGCCUGUGAUGGGUCUCGUAACUGACCCAGCACUGGGGGGGCGCUCUGUUUCAUACCAAAAAACAGCACUCUGGGGAGCCUCAAUUCUGACCCAACAUCAGGUGGUGCUCUGCUUCAUCUCAGCACACAGAAGCAGGCAGGUGCAAAUACAGAAGUCAGAGGGGGUGGGAGCUUAUGCCCUUUUGACCUGUCACUCACAAAGUGCCCUCCUGGAUGGUGCUUUUUUUCCUAUGUUACAUUUUUUUCUUAUUGUUCAUCAUACUGGCACACCAAAAAAAGGAAUGCAGCUUUAUCUACAUCAUUCACAAUGUCAUGAUGGGAACCAUGACAACGAUAGUGAUGACGAUGAUGGUGAUGAUUACAGCAAAGAUGAAAUAAAAACAAUAAAGAGGCGGACAUGUCAUGGGACUGCCAGAACUCUCUCGCCCAUGCACCAAGGGGAAAUUUUUUUGCCUGUAUUAUAAUCCUCUCCUGUGUGUGUCUUCAUUGAAGAGCAUCUGCCUGCUCCUACCUUUUGUUUGUCACACUGUUCACAACCUGGCAGAGAGACUACAUCACCCAGAGUCCCCUUAUGAAGGAAGGCAUUCUCCUCCAGUCUUCCUGUGACUUAAUAUGGCAAUUCCAAAAAGGUCUGCAUAAAGCUCAGGUACUUAUGAUCUCUUUCAAGCUCUAAGAAAUCCUGCCGAUAAGGGCCAACAUUGUCUUUGUUUCUGUAAUAAUUAGGGGAGGUGGCUCUGCAGAUUUAUAUAUUUUCUUAGCAAACUAAUGAUGGUAGAAGUUGUCCUGUUAAUGGAAAUUUUGUUAUUGUUUUUGAGAGACCAUCAGAAAAAGAUCACAGCAAACAAUGAUGAAUGGUGAAUGAUGAUGUAUGGAUUCAUAGCGCAAUAAAUGCUGAAUAUGUGUGGACUCAUGGAAAAGUGGAUGAUAAUGAGCAGAUCUUGACCACAGCAGAUACUGAAUAUGUGUGACUAUGUGUUAGUCUAGAAGUAUCAUGGGAGGUAAAUAGUUGAUUGUCCUCGGUGAACUACAGAUGAUGCUGAUACAGGUGUAUAGAAGACUUGCCUGGGGGCUGGGCAAACCUACUGGAAACAUAUCUGGCUUUCCUUAGGUACAACUGAGUCAGUGGAAAUAUUUCUGGCUUUCAGCAGGGUCAGCUGAUCUGAGGUCAGUGUAAACACAUCUAUUGUGUUUUGAAAAGGGAAACCCCAUAGACUACAUUAAAUAUCCUCAUGUGAAAGUGCUUGCGUACAUUCAACAUGUUAUUUUGCUGUUAGUAGCAUACAUCUUAUAAAAUCAUAGACUAUUUUGUACUGCAUUGCAAUUGUUUUAUUUUUUUCUUUAAUUUUGUGUAAAUAUGUAUAUAAAUCCCUAAUGUAGGAAUACAAGUUAAUUAUUAUGAAUGGCUGCAAAUGUGGUUAUUUUGCCAUUUUAAAAAGCCAGCGAUUAGAUACAUGUUGCAUUUAUUAGAUGUAAUAUGCAUAGAUUAAAUACAUUUAGCAUUGUUGCCUCACAGCAAGAAGGACCUGGGUUCAAAUCCCAGCCUGGGCCUUUUUGUGUGAAGUUUGCAUGUUCUCCCUGUGUCCGUGUGGGUUUCCUCCACCAGUCCAAAGACAUGCAGGUAGGCUGAUUGGACCCUCUGAUAAGGAAUUUCCCUCAAUUGUAAAGAAAGAAAACAAUUUCCUUAACCUUACAAAACAGCUAAAGUUAUUAAACAGCUGAAAGGGAAUGAAUGUCAGCAGAUACUGUAGCUGUAAAAUGAACUUCUCAACUGCUAUGUUAAUUCAAUCCAUUCUUAUUCAGUAAUAUAAAGUCACCACCUGGCAGAGAACCAUUUGUAAUGCACUGACUUUUAGCUAAAACUAUUGACCUGGCUUCAGAAAUAAAUAACUCCCUAACUAAUCUAUGCCAAUAGCCUUUGGAGGUCAGGAUUUAGCACAUCAACAAAAUUUGUUUUGUAACAGACUCCCCCCCCCCCCGUGUCUUUGUGUUUCACAAAUGAUAAAAAAUGAUAAUUUUCCAAAUAAUAAAAAUGCAUUCAAAUAAUGUUUGUCAAAAACAUCCCCCCAAACCCAAAACAAACAAAUCAAUAAAUACUAAUUAAAAGUUAAACAACACAACUGAAUUAAUAAAACAGAGACCAUGUUUUAAACUCCAGAGUGUCACAGUCAUCCUAGCAUAAGCAGAAGCUUUCCAUGUAGGCCAACUAUGGCUGCCAUAUACUAUGUAAUGUAGUGCUUUUAUUCCUUAAAUUAUAUUAUGUUCAAAUGGAACUCAACUGUUAAGCAGUCAAUAAAAUAUAUAAAGUUAAAUUGAUUACUAAGAGUAGUUUUAAAAGUGUAGAAUAGUUUCAUGUUUAGAAAUGUGAAGGAGGUAUGUAAGUGGACUAUUGUAAUUAUGUAAGUCCUGGGUUACAGGCUUGUGCAUGGCUCCCUCUUGUGUACAGAUUUAUGCAAGCCGAGAAGCCAUUCUCACACAAAGUAUACAGUGCCAUGAAAAGUAUUUUCUCCCUUCCUGAUUUCCUCUGUUAUUACAUGUUUGUCACACCGAUUUCAGAUCUUUUAACAAAAUGUACAGUAAUAUGUGUUUGAGAACUUUUUCCAUGAAAUUAAUUAUAUACUCAGCGUUUACUCAGUUUCCCUUUGUCUAAUACUCUAUUGCAUUUUGUCAAAAGAUUUGAUUCAACAUGACAAAUAUCCCGGCCUAGGCCUUUCUGUGUGGAGUUUCCAUGUUCUAUGUCCGUGUGGGUUUCCUCUGGGUACUCUGGUUUCCUCCCACAGUCCAAAUACAUGCAGGUAGGCUAAUUGGAGACUAAAUUGCCCAUUGGUGAGUGUGUGAGUGAAUGGUGUGUGAAUGGGAUCAGCUCCAGCACCCCCCUCAACCCUUCCCAGGAUAAGCAGGUAUUGAUAAUGGAUGGAUGGAUGGGUAGCAUUUCUUUGGAAUACAACUUGUGUGAGCUAGGAUAGUCAAUAUUCUCAUUACUUAUUUGUGUUAUUUUGAUAUCAAUACAUUUAAUGGCAAUGACUUAUAGACAGUGCUUUGUAUUUGUGAGUAACUUGUCAUUUUU